UUUUACGAGGAGAGAGAGCAGGAGAGGGGACCACGAGGAAGGCAGAGAUUCCCUGACGACCUCAUGCCCUUGUACACCACUUGCCUUUACUCUCCAGAUUAAACAGCAUUAGGGAGCCAAGAGAGGAAACACGUGUUGUGUCUGGAGACCUGUGCCUGCCUGUUCCAGUCCCACACCCAGUCAUCUCACCACACCCUUCACCUCACUUUACCUUCUCCUCCAGCACAGGAACUAGGAACUACGGAGAGAGAAGCCAAGGGAGAGGAGGAAGAGGAAACUAACGAUUCCCCGCCCAACCCCAGCCCCACAUCCAGCACCACCAACAGGUGGGCAAGCUUGCCGAGAAAACGCAGAGGGCAUCCGGUGAGCAGCAAACACAUCUGAGCCUGGAAAAGACCCAGAGAAGUAAAAGAUCAAAGUCUGGUUGGCACCGGCUCCCAUUCCGGCUCCAGCCUCCAAUCCGACCCCCAUUUCGGCUGCAGCCUCGGACCUAGCUCGGGCCCUCAGUCCAUCCGGUUGCAUCCUCCCUCCCUGUUCCGGAUCUUAUCUUGCGCCAGCGCCUACUCCAGGAUCCCGUAGCUAGACCUCAAGCCAUGGCUGGUCCCUUCUCCCGUCUGCUGUCCGCCCGCCCGGGACUCAGGCUCCUGGCUUUGGCCGGAGCGGGGUCUCUAGCCGCUGGGUUUCUGCUCCGACCGGAACCUGUACGAGCGGCCAGUGAACGACGGAGGCUGUAUCCCCCGAGCGCUGAGUACCCAGACCUCCGAAAGCACAACAACUGCAUGGCCAGUCACCUGACCCCAGCAGUCUAUGCACGGCUCUGCGACAAGACCACACCCACUGGUUGGACGCUAGAUCAGUGUAUCCAGACUGGCGUGGACAACCCUGGCCACCCCUUCAUCAAGACUGUGGGCAUGGUGGCUGGAGAUGAGGAGACCUAUGAGGUAUUUGCUGACCUGUUUGACCCUGUGAUCCAAGAGCGACACAAUGGAUAUGACCCCCGGACAAUGAAGCACACCACGGAUCUGGAUGCCAGUAAAAUCCGUUCUGGCUACUUUGAUGAGAGGUAUGUAUUGUCCUCUAGAGUCAGAACUGGCCGAAGCAUCCGAGGACUCAGUCUGCCUCCAGCUUGCACUCGAGCAGAGCGGCGAGAGGUGGAACGUGUUGUGGUGGAUGCACUGAGUGGCCUGAAGGGUGACCUGGCUGGACGUUACUAUAGGCUCAGUGAGAUGACAGAGGCUGAACAGCAGCAGCUUAUUGAUGACCACUUUCUGUUUGAUAAGCCUGUGUCCCCAUUGCUGACUGCAGCAGGAAUGGCUCGAGACUGGCCAGAUGCUCGUGGAAUUUGGCACAACAAUGAGAAGAGCUUCCUGAUCUGGGUGAAUGAGGAGGAUCAUACACGGGUGAUCUCCAUGGAGAAGGGUGGCAACAUGAAGAGAGUGUUUGAAAGAUUCUGCCGAGGCCUCAAAGAGGUGGAGAGACUUAUCCAAGAACGUGGCUGGGAGUUCAUGUGGAAUGAGCGUUUGGGAUACAUCUUGACCUGUCCAUCUAACCUGGGCACUGGACUUCGGGCAGGAGUGCACAUCAAACUGCCCCUGCUAAGCAAAGAUAGCCGCUUCCCAAAGAUCCUGGAGAACCUAAGACUCCAAAAGCGUGGUACUGGAGGAGUGGACACUGCUGCCACAGGCGGUGUCUUUGAUAUUUCUAAUUUGGACCGACUAGGCAAAUCAGAGGUGGAGCUGGUGCAACUGGUCAUUGAUGGAGUAAACUAUUUGAUUGAUUGUGAACGGCGUCUGGAGAGAGGCCAGGAUAUCCGCAUCCCCACACCUGUCAUCCACACCAAGCAUUAACUCCCCAUCGCCAGCUGAUGACUCAAGAUUCCCAGGAGUUCUGCUCAUUCUAAUGAUGGCCCAUUCUACUUGCUCUGGACCUGCUCCCGCAUCCCCUGCCUCCAUCCUAGUAAAGACUCCUUGCUAUGCUGCA